AUGCUACCUAUGUCUGACACUCCGUCGUAUAGCCAGAUUGCGUGUAUAGGGACUGGACUUUCAGCUAUUGCUCUGGGCGCAACUCUCCAGCGGUGGUAUGGAUUCGAGGACAUCCGCUUCUUUGACCGGCAUCCAGCCAGCGGUGGAACAUGGUACACCAAUUCUUAUCCAGGUUGUGCUUGUGAUGUUCCCAGUGCUCUCUAUAGUUAUUCCUUUGAGCUGAAUCCGAACUGGAGCAAGUCCAUGCCUUCAUUCGAGGAGAUCAAGGAGUACAGUACUAGGGUCCGAGAUAAAUAUUGCCUCUGAGAUAAGAUGAUACACUCGGUUGAAGUCACAAAGUGUAUAUGGAAAGAGGAUGCCAAUAGAUGGCUCCUCUACUUGCGCGACGUCAACAGCGGGGAAAGGAGUACUCACGAGUGUCAGAUUCUGUUCGCUGCCACUGGCCGGCUGGUUGAACCCCGUCCUUGUGAUACCGUUGGAGCAGAGACCUUUAGCGGCACCUUAUUUCAUUCCUCGCAAUGGAGGCAUGAUGUCAGAUUGAGGGGUCAAAACGUUAUCAUUAUCGGAAAUGGAUGCACCGCUGCUCAGAUUGUUCCCGCGAUUAUACACAAGGUGAAUUCCUUGACCCAGAUUAUCCGGUCACAACAUUGGGUGUCCCCAGCUUCGAAUUACACAUAUGGCCCGUUUAUACAAUGGGUUUUCUGUCACAUUCCGUUCGCCAUGAGGCUGCAUCGCUUGCAGCUCUUUCUUCUUGCUGAGAAAGACUUCCGCCUUUUUCCAAUGACCAAGGCCGCAGCAAGAUUGAGGAAGCGACGUAGCUCCCAGGUUGAGCAUUACAUGCGAGCAACUGCGCCAGACAAGUACCACAAUGUAUUAGUUCCUGACUAUGAGAUCGGCUGUAAGCGGCGUAUAUUUGAUUGCGGCUAUCUGGCCUCUCUGAAUGAGGAAAGCUUCAUCCUGACUGACACAAAUAUCGAGAGAAUUAUUCCAGAGGGCAUCAAAACUGACCAUGGUGUUAUUCCAGCUGAUAUCAUCAUCCUAGCAACAGGCUUCAAGACCAACCAGUUUCUUUCUUACAUGGAGGUCAUCGGCCGCGGUGGCAAGAGUGUCACCCAACACUGGGAUCAAUAUGGGGGGCCUGGGGCGUAUAAUACUUCCCCAAGUGCCCUGUCCGAAAGAGCUAAUACAGAAUCACCCAACAGCUCCGUCAACUAUGCCCUUCGUAUCUUGAAGCCUAUAUUGCAAGGUCGUGUUUUGGCCGUGGAGAUCAAAGAAGAGGCGGAGCAAACUUAUAUUCACGAGGUUCAGAAGGCAUUGGCCAAGCGAGUCUGGAAUGCAGGAUGCGCAUCAACAGGGCUUAUUCGAUAUUUAGUGGUAUAUCAACGAGAAGAAGUGGAAUUCCAUGGCUUAUCCUUGGAGCCAGGCUCACUUUUGGUGGCGCAGUUUGUUUCCCACGUGGUCGGACUGGAACCUCAAGACAGCGAAGUCUCCCAAACACAAUGGAUUUUGGGUGCAGAUAUUUCUCCUCCUUUUGCUUGGCUGUGCUCUGCUGGGUGCUCUCGAAUAUCAGACCCCAAGGAUGAGGAAGCAUUUAGGGCAGUGAUAAAUGGUUGUUUUUCCGAAUUGUGCUUGAGGAAGCCCAGAAGUUGUUUCAAGGUGACUGUUGUCAACGUAGACAGAUUGUUGCAAGGAAACAGCGGAGGUGGAAUCAUCCAUCUGAGCGGAGCCUAG